UUUGUCAUUUUAGUUUGCUUUACCUUUGACAAGACAGUAAAUUCUGCAGUUACGUAUGACAUAAUAUUUUAUUUUGGAGGUCCAAAGAGGAAGUGCUUGUUUCCGUUGACAGUGCAGUACCACAGCCGGCGGUCAGACAGCGUGGAGGGGCGGGGUUUGUCGGGCUCGGCAUAGCAGUGGGUUAGUCUGCUCGGAGCUUCGGGAGGAGCGGUAGCAGGACGGAGCUUUGCUCAACUCUGCAAUACAUUCUGUCGGCUCGAUUCACAGCGGCUGCCCCGGAGCAUGCUGGGAUUUACCUGGACAUCCUGAGUCCUGAGUGGACCUGAUUAACUUGACCUUUUUCUCUGCAGAAGAACCCCCAAACCACCGGUUGGUACUGGGAGCGUCAGUGGAGAGACUCUGGAUUCAUUCUAGGACGGGUCCGUUAACCCGGUUUGUUCACCCGGGUUAACUUGCUCUUAGCUGAGUCCACCCGCUGACGCGCUCCGCAUAAUGCUGUUCAGAUCCUGCAAAUCCUCCGGACGCUGAGUCUGCACAGACCCGGAGGUCACACCGGAGAGCCUGGCGCAGAACAUGCUGCCGUCCGUGCCCUCCAGGCGGGACGCAGACGGCCGCUGUGGCCGGGACAGAGACUCGGUCCGGGCGCGGCUGGAGGCCACCGUGUCCGGGCUCGGGGAACUGGAGUACCUGCGUCAGCGGCAGGAGGUACUGGUCCGGGCCGCGCUAGAGCUCCGGGAGGAGGAGCGGUGGAGGGAGGCCCAGCAGAGCUCCGAGGAGAAGCUGCUGGCGGAGAACAUCCUGCUGCUCCGGAAACAGCUGAACUGUCUGAGGAGGAGGGAUGCUGGCCUCAUCAGCCAGUUACAGGAGCUGGACCGACAGAUCUGCAACCUGCACCUGGACACUGAGGCGUCACAUGACCAGCUGGAGACCGACAGCCGACCCAGCUCAGGUUUCUACGAGCUGAGUGACGGGGCGUCCGGCUCACUUUCCAACUCAUCCAAUUCGGUCUUCAGUGAGUGUUUGUGCUCGACGGCGGACGCUGAUGGACGACUCCAGUCUACAGAUGAGCCGGCCAGCUGUUUGGAGUGUGACGGUUUGUUUGGAGGACUUUGUGAUGACUCAUCUUCAUCUAGAACAGUCCGUCGCUCGCUAUCAGCUCCUCAUCCAACCACCCUGGACCCCAUCUCCUCAGUGGCCUCUUGUGACUCCCAGUCAAAAUACCACUGCGACCUGGUGGCCAGAAAUGGCAACGAUGUGUACCGGUACCCAAGCCCGCUGCACGCCGUGGUCCUCCAGAGCCCCAUCUUGCUGCAAGUGUUGGGUCACGGAGGUCAUGGCAGAGAUGAAGGGCUUCUAAAAAGUGUUGAUGCUGGUGAGGAAGGUCUCAAACCAGAAACGGCCCCUCUUCCUGCUUCUGUUUCAGCUCCUCUCGUACCGCAAAGCUCCUCCUGGCCGGCCCCUUCCUCCUCCUCUUCCUCCUCCUCAUCCCAGACUCCCUCCCAUAAGCACCUGGACAGCUACAUCUACAGUUUGUUGCAGCGGAGAGCCCUUCCCAUCAGAACCAGCAGACCCAGGACCAGCAUCAGCACAGAUCCAUCAAAAGGCAUUCUGAGGCAGGCUAGUCUCAGUGUGAAGCAGGUGACUGGUCCCAGCUCUGGGCCCGGUUUAGGGAUUCUGAGGGGGUUAGAGCUCAAACCAUCUUGGACAGUUGGAGGAUCAGCAGAAGGUGCCGCCACCUCGUCUCCUCAGAGGCAGUGGUCCAUGGAAAGUAAAAGUGAUGAGCCGGAGACCCAGAAUCUCUUUACCGGUGGCUGUGCUGACACCAUGCAGACUGGUUUCAAGAUUACCAACAGUGACUUGGCAGAAAACCAGAACAGCUCUCCCCUUUGUAACGGCAUCCAAAAUGGCUGCUCUGUCACCAACAAGGACAUUCAUACAGGCACUGACAGCCUGCUGAAAAAGAACAGCAAAAGGUUUCUUCCUCCCUCUGCAGUGAACACAGUGCCAGUGCCUAAAGGCUUUAGAGAGCUGGGCAGUCCCAAAGCUAACUCCACCCCCAAAGAGACCAAGCAGCCGUGCUACUCCCCCGAACAGAAACUGCUCGUCAAAUCACCUCCAACUGUCAAAACACAGUCAGCGACUCCCAACAACAGCCCCAAGCCUCUCCAACCCGGCCAGACAGAUAAAGGUGACAGAUCAAUGCUGGAGCUCACCAGUUUAGGGUCUUCAUCCCAGAGUCAGGAUGAAGGAGAAGGAAGAGGAAGUCACAUGGUUAAUGCCAAGUACAUCCCCACCCAACAGCAGAACAUCAAUCUCCGCAAGGGUGGCAGCAAGAAGACGGUCAAGGUGAAGACAAGUCUGACCUCUGGUCACCGUGAGCAUAUGUCAGACAGGAGAGGGGAUAAAUCCCACUACAGGUCCACUUCUAAAAAGUCCUGGCCACUGGAAGAGGGAGGCUCCGCCCACUAUAGAGCCUCAAGGAGAACGGCUGGUGGUGCACCUGGAGUGUCCUCUAGAAUCAAACGCCUCCCUGUGUCCAUCCCAGAAGACCGAAUCUUAGACAAACACACCACAGCAACACUAAACAACGUGAGGUCAGGUUCAUCCAGGAAUCACCAUGGAAACCACCACCAUGGGCGUGACCAGGUGGUGGUCAUUGCCAAACCGAAGCACAAACGAAAUGAUUACCAGCGGUUACGUGCGCUUAUGGAGGGCCCGUGUGAUGAGGCGUUCAGGCGAGCUCAGCGGCGACAGAGAAGAGAGCUGUUGAGCCAUUCUGCAGCCAACAGGUACCUCCCCUCAGGUGGGCAGUUGAGCAGCCCGUACUCCCACACUGCUGGAAGUGAUUCGGAGUAUUCAGCCGAGUGCGCGUCGCUCUUUCACUCCACCAUUGUGGACACCAGUGAGGACGAGAGAUCCAACUACACCACCAACUGCUUUGGAGAUGGUGAAUCCAGUGAGGAGGAGUACGUGGAGGACAGCGCCACCACGAGUGACACUGAAGAGAGCGGGGGAGGUGGAGCAGGUGUGAUGUGCAGGGGGAGGAGCCAGUUGGGGGCACCCCGGGCCAGGGCGGUGGGGCAGGAAAUGACUACUGCUCAGUCAAAGGCCUUUGUCAAAAUUAAGGCCUCUCACAACCUGAAGAAGAAAAUCCUGAGGUUCAGGUCGGGUUCGCUCAGACUCAUGACCACAGUGUGAGUCUGCCAGUGGCAUGCUGUCAACCAGGACCAGUGUCCUAUCUGUUGGGGUGCCUUACCCAUGGACUUCUAGUGUGCCUGAACCAAACCUAAUGGAAGAACUGACAGCACUGUGUGAGGACAGGUGCUGCCUGGUUCACGCAUGUAGCGGACACGACACUUCUACACUGACAUUUUAACUAACCACAAGCCUCUUUAGCCUGAGCUACAAACCAAACCAGUCACCAUCUUGGAUUUACAUUUGGAGGCAUCGUCACACCCACUCCAUGAUAUCAAAACAAAUCAGUAUCGCUGCCCAAACAGUAAACCAUCAUCACUUAAAGACAUUUACACACUGUUAAACACACUUAAGAUUUCCGGAAUGUGAUACUGUAGUUCCAAGUUUGUGGUUAUGUCUUCAAGGAUCUCUGCGGUAGUUUCUGGCUUCUCACUUCCAGCUCCAUGUAUUUAUAACAAGUGCAGUCUAAGUUACUACUGUUGGUAACAAAAUGAAGUUCAGAUUUAGACGGUAACACUGGCCUCUUUGCCUUUUGUGGCCAAACAAGUGCCUCGGCUGACAUAGACCUGGCUGUUAGUCAGAGCUGAGAGCAGGGAUCGAGGCCUCACCGUACUUCAGACAAACGUGUUGUCUGACCCGGCGGCGUUUCUACACUGAAGGCUGGGUGAAAGGCCUGUUGGCAUAGCCUCUGUGCCUUUCCGAUGUCUCUCUUCACAUAGCUUUCAGGAAUUCUCCAUCAGAAAGCGGGUGUCAGACACUGAUAGGUGAUCGAAUAUGGGGUUGAAGCACACUGAGGCCUUGAGUGUUUCUGUUGUCUGCUGUUCUUUGGUAGAAGUGGGGUUUUAGUUACGUUUUCAGACAGUGCAUCAGAAGGUUCUUUAGAGGGUUCCUCAAAUGUUUCUUAAGACAUUUCUUAAUGUCUCCACAUGGGUCUUUGGAAGGUUGAACAGAAGGUUCUUCAAUAGCGAUGUCCCAGUUCAGGGGCCACAUCCUUCAAAGGCUGUAUUUGAAGACUGAUUGUGUCACAGUGUCAUUACAAGGGAACUUCAAAUGCAGCUGAGAAAUGUGCCCUUUUGCCGGGAAACGAAGGCUCCAGCUGGCGGAUUGUUCGCAGCCCACCCUAUCCCAGGAUCCUUUGUGUGUCGGCAGAGAGCCGAGCAGCUGUCGAGGUCUCUAGGCGACAGGAACGGUGCUGUGUUACACAGUGAUAAGGGCAGAAACAGUAGGUAAGAUAAAUAGGAAAUCCUCCAUAGACCAAACCAUCUCAUUUCAGUUUGGUUUUUGUCCUACGACAGCUAUGACGGCCACGACUUCAUAAAGGACGCAGUCCCUGAAUUGAGAGACAGUCGAUGAGGGUUUUGGUUGGAUCUCGCAGUAAUCUCUUAAUUUCCUGCACUUUGAGACUUGGAGACAAACUGUCAGUGACAGGACAGACAGUGAGACUCUGCUAAUCUGUUGUUUGUAUGUAGCCUUGUUUUGUAUUUAUUAUCCCGUGAACUUUGCCCUUGGCUGUAGCGCCUCGACACGGCACGCCAAACCUCAGUAAAUGCUUUUUAUUAGUAAGUUCUUUUUAUUUGACUGAUCUAAGUUGUUAUGUUUUUGAUGGAAACUAUUUAAAACCUAAUAUAUUUUCUUGGUACAUAUUGGAUGCCACACUUGGUACUAAGUGACUGACAGCUGGGUGAAGUUGACCGGUCCUGAGCUGCAGUUUUUACAACAUUUCUACAUGACUUCUGAUGUUCUGUGGUUGGUAGUGCUUGUCAUAACCUGUUCAUACAGCAUCCAGAGGUGAGAACAAGACUAUUGUCAGUGCAGGGCCAAAGCCGUGCUUUAGUAUUUCUCCUGCCUUCACAUGACCCGUUUUUCUACGACCAUUUUGGAUAACAGUAUAAGUCCAGUAGGUUUUCUCACUUUCAAACUAAAUAAUUUUUCUGUUUUUGUUUUUCAAUCUGUUUUGUGUUAGUAUUGCAACAUGUUGCUGGUGCUUUAUGAAACUUGCUUCAAGCUGAAAUAAGGUUUAUGAAAUACUGCUGAAACCUUUUAUUAAAUGUGAACUGGAUGUAUAAAAGCAUGAACUAAACUUGGCCUGGUUUGACACCUACUCGUUACCUACAACUCACCAGAGCUUUUCAGCUUUCUGUAAACCAGGAGGAAGUCAGCUGUCACUUUAUUCAGUCAGUUAAGGCAAAAAAAUCCUCUUUUCUCUGUACUUUCAAAUGAAACUUUGCUGUUUCAGAGGGACAUUAGCUUAAUCUCUGUGCAUUCAGUACAGAGGUACUGUAGGCCGCAGGAUGUUUAGCCUAGCGUAGCAUAAAGAGAGCGGGUGGAAACUGCUAUCUACAGCAUAUAGCACAAUCCCAUGGUGAGUCCCAUAUCCCUUAUUUUAUCAUUCCUUGGUCCUCAACAGUCACUUGGGUCGGAAGUCUUUCCAGUCCACCAUGAUAAAGGACACUGCAGAGCUCGUAUUACUGCUCCGUAUGAGCCGGGGCUGCCUGGAGGAGCUGUAACUGAUACGCCAUCCUUUGUAGAAAUCUGUUAGGGGUUCACACAUCCCUUUUUUGGAAAUUGGCUGGUGAUUGAAUGCUUCAUGUGAAGGAUCAGAGGAGAGGAGGUCUUGUGUCAGUUUAAACGGGUUUCCUCGUUCCUGGAUGAGGAUGAGGAAAAGCCGGACGUGAGGGAAAUGUGGAUGUGAUUAGAGGAAUUGGGAUUCACCUAAUGUGCCUUAAGUGUUUCGUAAGCUGUUAAAAGCUAUGACAUCAUAGGUAACUGAUGCUAUAUGCUAACAGCUAGCAUAAUAGAUGUUAUGGUAGCUGUUUCUAGUUAGCAGGCAUUUUACCGGGAUGUUUUUGCCCAACACAAAACUGGAAAUGAGGAAAAACUGAUAGUUUAAUCAAAAGCAAUGGAGAGAAACUGUAGGAUAGAUUGUUUUGUCUGGUUCAGCUGAGAACUGAAAACGGGGAAAAUGGUAGCUACUCAACAGAAUCUCUCUACUGGACACAUCUGUUGGGCUCUGAGGUUGACAGCCAACAGGAGGAUUUCACUAAAGAUCAGCGUUUAUCAUUGACACUGUUCUGUUUGCAGCCUCAUGCCAAGAUGAUGUUGGAGUUUUAUGCUGCCUUGGAAUGGUUUGCUGGAACCUCCUCAGUUUCAUUGUAUUCAUCUGGUGUGGUCCAGAGUUUACAUGUUCCAGAUAUAAAUAGCUCCUACGAAGCUUUAAGAAGCCACAGAAAGCUUCUUUUCAGUUCCCAUCCUUCUGGUGAGAGCUGUUUACAGUUUCUGAUGACUGAGACUUUUCUGUUGAAAACUCCAGUGUGAGUGUUUAAAGGCCAAAAACCAAAAGUCAAACAUGACCCGUCCUGAGGUUUAACCACCAAGCUCUUCUCUCUGAUCCUACAACACCAACUUGCCUCUUGUAGAUGAUAAUAUAUGCAACUGUAAGUGACUGUUACUGAUCCUCUCUGUGUGUAUAAUGCCUGUGUAUGCCAGUACUGGUUGGUGCUUAACCUUUUUAUGCUUCAUUAAACGUGGACUGUAACAUCA